CAGCGAGUAGGUUUUAAAAUGCCGCUGCCGCUGUGACGCGCAGAUCCCUUGCGCCAUUCAUUCGGGAGCAGGAGGCACACACCAAAGUGGAGCUAAUCUGCUUCCAGGCAGGGCAGUGAGGGUUUUCUUCUGUGUUUUUGAAUGCAAAACAAACCAUCUCUUGCCCCGAUGAGAAAAUCGGAAUGAGCCGAGAGCGGCAGGUUGCGAAAGAAAAACCUCCCUCGAACUUCCCCCGAAGAGGCACUGCGAGAGGGUUGGGCGGCAAGACAGCCUAAACCAAAGGAGGGCGCCUCGGCUCUGCAAGAGUUACCCGCACUCCCACCUUCUGCUGCGGGAGAAGGCAGCCCACGCCCACGCGGCCGACUUAGCCGGUCGGCGCUGGGGUGGCCGGCGUCAAAGUACUCCUGUCGCCCGGCUCUUCUGUGCACCGUCCGGCGUUGGGGAAAGGCCACUGGAGAGCAGUGUGGCGGCCGGGCGGAUGCCGGGCAUGUGGGCAGGCAACUGAACCACGGACUGCUGUGGAUGCACUACUAUAAUCCAGGAUGAAUGAAUGCCACCAUGAUAAACGCAUGGACUUCUUUUAUAACAGGAGUAAUACAGCCACAGCAGAUGAGUGGUCGGGGACAACUCUUGUCAUUGUUUUCUGCUUUGGGGCCUUCUUUUGCCUCUUUAUUUUCCUUUCCAAUUCACUGGUCAUAGCCGCUGUGGUCAAAAACAAGAGGUUUCACUUCCCUUUCUACUAUUUGCUAGCCAAUCUAGCAGCUGCAGAUUUUUUUGCUGGCAUUGCUUAUGUAUUCUUGAUGUUCAAUACUGGCCCAGUGUCAAAAACAUUAACUGUUAAUAGGUGGUUUUUGCGCCAGGGACUUCUGGACACUAGCUUGACGGCUUCUUUGGCCAACUUGCUAGUCAUUGCCGUUGAGCGGCACUUGUCCAUUGUGCGGAUGAGGGUUCACAGCAACCUUACAAAGAAGAGGGUCACUUUUUUCAUUUUGUUGAUCUGGGCUAUAGCUAUUUUCAUGGGUUUAGUGCCCACAUUGGGCUGGAACUGUCUCUGUGACAUUUCAACCUGCUCUUCCCUGGCUCCUAUUUAUAGCAGGAGUUACUUGAUAUUUUGGACAGUCUCCAACCUGGUGGUUUUUUCCAUCAUGGUGGUGGUGUACAUAAGAAUCUACAUGUAUGUCCAGAGGAAAACAAAUAUUUUAUCUCCACACACUAGUGGAUCCAUCAGCCGCAAGAAGACUCCGAUGAAGCUUAUGAAGACAGUCAUGGCGGUCUUAGGUGCCUUUGUUGUGUGCUGGACUCCUGGUCUUGUCGUCCUGCUUCUCGAUGGCUUGAACUGCACUCGUUGCGAGGUUCAGCAUGUGAAAAGGUGGUUCCUCCUCCUGGCCCUGCUGAACUCUGUCAUAAACCCAAUCAUUUACUCGUUCAAGGAUGAUGAGAUGUCAAGUACAAUGAGGCGCAUGAUCUGUUGCUCUUUUGAGGAGAGAAAUCUGCAACAGUCUUCACAGAUCCCCUCCACAGUGCUCAACAGGAGCAUGGAGUCCUCCAGCCACUACUUAGAAAAUGGCAUUAUCCAAGGGACUGUCAGUGGCAAAGAAAACACAUGAGCUGUUCUUUGUUCUUCUCCUUCUCUUCUUAAGAUAUGGAUUGUGGUGGGAGGCGGAUGCGAGUGGAACGAACCGGCUGAGAUCACUGAACCCUGUAACAGCAGAAGUACACAUUCUCUGUACCAACCCCCCCACCCCCACCCCAAAUCCCAAGGAGACCUGACAUCCUUGUAAAUAAUUACUGGAUGAGUGGAAAAUGUACUGGAAGGGAUGGAGAAGAAUGGAAGGAGUGGACUUAUUCUACAGUGUUUUUUAAAAAAACCUGAAAAUUGUACAAGCAGCAUUGUGGAGUCCUCCUUCCUCAGAGGCCCAGUUAUCACUGAGCGGUACAUAGGUAAAAUCCUGCGUCCUGAAUGUGUCACUACAAAUUGUUAGAGUGGGGUGGUUCUCACAGCUGAAUGCUGCUUCAUUUUUUAAAAAAAUCUCCACAUAAAGAACUAGAUGUCAGGGAGAAGGGUUCUAGACUAGCUUUGUGACUAAUAGCAUUUUAAUGUAUAUGGAAGGAUUUUUUUAAAAUUGUGUGGAGGAUCAUUCAGUCAUGUGAGUCACCCCACCUGACCCCAGCAGCCUAUAGUGAUACAGCCCAAGCAUAGGUUUACAACCUCAGUGAGAACUAGACCAAAGUUCCAGUCUGGCCCUAUGCAUGUUUACAUGGUAGUGAGUACCAUUUUGCAAAUUGUGUGCACUGCUUUGGAUUGCAGCCUAAGAUCCCAUUGAACAGUGCAAGAUAAAUAAAUAGAAUAGAACUCAGUGGGGCUUGCUUCUGAGUAACCAUAUAUAGGAUUGAGCUGUAUAAUCUCCUAGGUGGUGCAGUGUUUAUGCUCCUCCAUUAAACAUUUUUACAAAGUUUUUUCUUGACAUAACUGAGGGUUACAGAACCAAAAUGUGUCCUCUUCAUAUUUAUCUGGCUUCCCCACCCCAUAGUCAGUGUUAUCAUUUGCAGGUAUCCUACCUUCCCUUGCAAAGGGGUGGGGGAGUUCAAUAAAUUUCUACAAUAAACUAGUGGCAUGCAUCAACAGUCAGCAUCCCAACAGCAUGUUAUUCUCUGCAUAUGCAACUUCUGUGGCUUGUUAAUAAGGAUAGAACUGUUUACUCUUAAAGAAACAAAGCCCCAAAUCAUCUGCCGCUGCUUCAGCUGAAAGAGGGACAAUGGGGAUUGAUGGUACUAUUUUUAAGCCUCUGAUCUUGUCUUACAGCUAUGAUAAACUCAUGCUUGAGUUGCUAGCACAAGAGUGUUGGAAGAGUGGUUAUUACAUUUGAGUUUAUUAAAAGGCUGGCCUUUUUAAAUGUAUGAAUUUAAAAUACUGUGUGGUCAAAAUAAGAUUGGUAUGACAAAAAAUAUAGGCAACAAUAUCUGUGUACUUCUGGUUUAUGGAUUUAAUCCUUUCAAGUUGGGGUAGACACACUUAUUGUUGUGCCAGUUCCAGUGUGUCUCCACUUCUGUUUUCUGAAAACUGAGGCAUACAACGCUAGUCAAACUGUGCUGCUUUUUACUCUAAAACCCGGUCGGAUCAGCUUGAGUGCAUUUUUUAAAAUUCAGCUUCAGACAGAUUUCACAAGUGGUUGGUAGAACAACCUGUUGCCCCUCCAGGCGUGGCCAAUGGAAACACUGCUGCAGGCUCAGGCAAAGAUAGUGACUGGCCCAACACUUUGUUGUGGGUGGUCCUGAAAGACCUGAAGGCAGCAGUGGAAAGAGAGAUAUGUCCAGCCGAGAGUAGAGUCACUUCAAAAAACAGCUAGAAAAACCAUUCUUGCUGCUUUUGAAGCGACUAAUGUGCCCGCAGCCUUAGUGAGGGAUCUCUGGAGAGUCUUCUGCAAAGGCAUGGGAUUGUACAUAUUUUUAUUUCAAAGGGUUAUUUGAUAAAAAAAAACCCACCACUUAAUUAAUGUGCAUAGAUAAAUUUUCACACUGUACUUUUAAAGUGGUUUUGUCUCCUGUGGACUAUGUGUGAAAUCAGGGAUAUGCUUAGGAUGAUGAUACAGAGUUGUAAAUAAAUGCUUUGUAUCUGACUUUGGGUACCUCUUUAUUUUGGGGGCCAUCUUCAGAAACUGGAAUUUUCUAGAAGCAAUACUGAGACUUUUGCCCAAAAUGCUUUCAGAAAACAGGACAAGGGUUUGCUGCCUCCCUUGGAGAAGGGAAAUACCACUUGUUAUUUGCAUGUGCUAAUUUAUUCAAAUACAUGAAUGUUUUAAAUUAUGCCUAGGAUUGUAAAGUAACAGUAUGUCAAAUGAGAGAAAGAGAGAGACGUGUAAUUUCUCUUCCUGCAUGUUCUCUGCAUGAAAACAAAAACAAAAGCCUAGGCCAGCUUAAAUCUGACUUAAUGGCAUGCCUAACUAGGCCAUAAGCCCAGGAUUUUUUUCUUUGGGCAGUUUUACGCAAUCAUUUUGAAAGCAGGUACAUGGAAUGCAGCUGGUUAUCUGUAUUCAGGGAUUUCUGCAGUCACUGCUGCCAGAUAGGCAGCACAGCAUGGGGGUAUUAUGGCAUAAAGAAUUAAAACCAGAAUUUGAUGUUUGAUCUCCUGGGGCCAGCCAGCAGAUGAAGGAUAAAUCUUGAAUUAAUUAUGGGCAUUGUUCACGAUAUAGAUUGCACAAUUCCACACACCUAGCUAACCCUGAGAAGUAAAAAAUCCCCAGCCUAUUAUGCUAUGUGAAAAUCUCAUUAUGCCUAUUUGCAAGAUAACCUAUUUCUAUUUUAGUAGGUAUGCCAUUGGCUUGUAUUAGUGGAACUAAGACUGAAAACUGUAUAUAUCUCUCAAUGACAUGGUCAGACUGUUGCUCUUGUCUAACUCCUCCAUGUGCCUCUUGGACCCAUUCCCCGUGACUGUCAUAUCUCUCACUAUUAUCCUUCCAUAACAUCACCAACCUGUAUUUCUUCUUCAAAUGCCUUCUUUAGAAAUAUCACAUGUCUCCUAUUCUCAAAAAAGCUUUCCAUGAUGUAGGCUUGUCUUCUUAACUACUGGCCAAUUUCAUGUCUCCCUUUUGUCUCCAAACUACUGGAGCAUGUUGUUGACCCCAUAUAAUCUGGCUUCUGCCCUUCGAGCUCCUUUGAAAUUGAGAAGAUCCCAGAUGAUUUUCUCACUGCCAAAUCCUAGUACACUGGUCCAUCUAGCUCUGUAUGGUCCAUGCUGACUAGCAGCAACUCUUGAGGGUUCAGGCAUCUACCUGGAGAUUUGGGGAAUAUACCCUGGGACAUUUUGCAUGCAGGGUUCUGUCACUGAGCUCUACCAAAGGUCUCUUCUCAACUUUGUCAUAAUUGUCCUUUCUGCAGUGCUGCCUUAGACACAAGCGAUUGCUCUCUCCUGCUUGACUUCAUCCAUGCCUGAGGUUUCCAUGACUGUUCUUAAUUUGUUCUUAGCUAGCUCUUCUAUUAGGUUUUUGUUCAAUGUUUCCACUAUUGCAGGGGUAGGAAACCUGAAGCCUGGGGACCAAAUAUGGCCCUCCAGGCCUCUCUCUCUGGCCCUUGGGACUUUCUCCAGGCCACAACCCCUCUCUAGCCACACCUCUUGCUUGAAUGUUUUUGUCUGGCGGGAAUAUGUCCUUGAACUCUGAUAAUGCCUCAUGCUUGCCUGGAUGGAGGACAAAGAAGGGUAUUUGAGUGUAGAAACCCGCCUGCUGUAUAAAGGUGAAAUUUACAUUAAUUGCUUCAUCCACUUUUGCCUUUGGCCCUACCUACCAAUGGCAUGUGACCCCUAGUAGGUUGCCUAGAAGGGAAUACAGCCCUCAGGCUGGAAAAGCUUCCCCUCCCCUACACUAGGAACAGUUCUUCUGUCUUUCCCCUUUCUUUGUGGGUUCUUAGGUGUUUAGAGCCCCUUAUUCUCUUCCUACACUCCUUUCUUGGGUGACCUCAUCAAAUGUCAUGACUUUCAGGACAGUAUAUGCUGAUGAUAUCCAGCUGUAUCCCCGUCUCACCCCAGACCGUUCCUACUCUGUCCAGUCCUGUCUCUUCACCCACCUAUCAGUCAUAUCCAUCUGAAUGUCCCAUCGCCACUUCUGACUUAAUAUGCCUAACCACACCUCUUACCUUUCCUUCUAAGCCUCUGUCCAAACCUUUACUGCCAGAAUUAUUCACCUCUCCCAUCACUGUGACUGCAUGACAUCCCUCCUCAGGCAGGUCCCUUCACUGGCUUCCUAUCCCCUUCUGUAUCCAGCCCACAAACUCCUCAUUUCUAAAGCUAUCAAUGGUGUCCUGUUCCUUAUAUGACUCCUCCCAUUCUUUCUUGCUAACUUCUAUGCAUAAAACUCCUUCCAACAUGGUGUUGCUUCUCUCCGUUUGUUCAAACCCUCAGUGAAACCAACAUUUUCUGAGUGGCCUUUGACUUACCCUCUUCAACCUUAUAGCAGAACUUUUGCAUGUAAUAGCAUUUGUCUACAUUAUUUCUUCCCACCCCCUUUGUCUGUUGUUUCUCCAUUGUCCAUUUCAGGUUGUAAGCUCCUUAGGAGCAGGGACUCAUAUAUGUUGCCUGUGUAACUUUGUAAGGUCCCAUCAUGUACACUGAUGAUGCUGUAUAAAAAUAAAUAUAUAUC